UCUGAAUACACUGAACUUGACUAUCACAAAGUCUUGAAAUCAAAUCGUUCUAUCUCAAUUCAUUGUUCCUCCUCUCGUCGGUUAAAACCCCGCCCUCCACGUUUCGCCCAAUUCAUUGCUCCUCUGCCGCCAUGUCGGGUGUUAGCAAGGCCUGCUGCUCUAUCCCCCCCAUUGUCCCAAAGAACUAUCAAGCCAAGGGCGAAUACAAGACCCUCAAUGGCCUCAAGACAUACGUAACUGGCCCCGAAAACGCCUCCAAGGCCAUCCUGGUCAUCUACGACAUCUUUGGCUUCUUCGACCAAACCAUCCAAGGAGCCGACAUACUCGCCACCGCCAACUCCCAAAAAUACCGCGUCUUCAUGCCCGACUUCUUCGAAGGCCAGCCAGCCGACAUCACCUGGUUCCCCCCCAAAACAGACGACCACAAGCAAAAGCUAGGCAACUUCUUCCAAACCAAGGCCGCGCCCCCCACCACCCUCUCCAAGAUCCCCGACGUGGUGGCCGAGGCCAACAAGCUCGCACCGGCCGGCGGUAAGUUCGACUCCUGGUCCAUCUUGGGCUACUGCUGGGGCGGCAAGAUCACGGCUCUGGCCACGGGUAAGGAGAAUCAGAUCUUUAAGGCCGCUGUGCAGUGUCAUCCGGCCAUGCUGGAUCCGAAUGAUGCCAAGGGGGUUACGGUCCCCAUGGCGGUUUUGGCGUCCAAGGAUGAGAAGCCCGAGGAUGUGAGGGAUUUUGGGGCGAACUUGAAGAUGGAGCAUUAUGUGGAGACUUUUGCGAGUCAGAUUCAUGGGUGGAUGGCUGCACGGUCGGAUUUGGAGGAUGAGGGGGUGAGGAAGGAGUACGAGAGGGGGUAUAGGGUUGCUUUGGAUUUUUUGCAUAAGCAUGCUUAGUUAAGUGGUGAUGAGGUGGUUUUGUCUCGUGGAUAUGGAAGGAAGUGGAGAAUGGAUGGUGUAUAUGGUUUAUUCUUUCGUAUGAUAUCGGGCUCUGUCCAUUGGUGUGAUAUACGUACGGUCUGGCUACCCAGCUUUAAUACCGCAAUAUAUGGCGGUCGAUAGGCUGGCGUAAUGGUAGAAUGUCACCGAGGUAGCGGUUGGGUUAAGGAAAGUUAAUUCUUCUGAAACCUACAGUAUUAAAAACCCGAUUGCUGGUAUAUAUAUUGCUUCUAAGACACUCACCAAAGAAAGUCUAGAGUUG